ACCUGAUUUCUGUAUGUUAUCAUCUGGUAUAUGUCUGGUCCCCAGGAAGGUCCAGCGUAUCCAUUCCCUGAUCUGCAGUUCUUCUCGUUCCUUCAUGGAUUUGAAAACUCUCCUUUCCUCCUUGAAUGACUUUGCAUCCCUUUCAUUUGCUGAGACUUGGGACAAUGUUGGAUUACUGGUGGAGCCUAGCCCACCGCAUACUGUAAACACACUCUUCUUGACCAAUGACUUGACAGAGGAAGUGAUGGCGGAGGCUUUGCAAAAAAAGGCAGAUCUCAUUCUCUCAUACCAUCCGCCUAUUUUCCGACCAAUGAAGCGCAUAACUUGGAAAACCUGGAAGGAGCGCCUGGUGAUUCAAGCUCUGGAAAAACGAGUUGGUAUCUACUCUCCUCACACAGCCUAUGAUGCUGCCCCCCAGGGAGUCAACAGCUGGUUGGCUAAAGGACUUGGAGCUUGUACCUCCUGUCCCAUACAUCCUUCCAAAGCUGCCAACUACCCCACAGAGGGAACACAUCGAGUAGAAUUCAGUGUUAAGCAUAUUGUAGACCUGGAUAAGGUCAUGUCUGCAGUGAAUGGGAUUGCAGGUGUUUCUGUCACUUCAUUUUCUGCCAGGACUGAUGAUGAAGAGCAUACACGGCUCAGUCUGAAUUGUACUCAGAAGGCUCUGCUGCAGGUGGUGGCACUGCUCUCCCAAAACAGACAACUCUACCAGAAGACGGAAAUUCUGUCACUGGAGAAGCCUCUGCUUCAGCACACUGGAAUGGGACGGAUAUGUACACUGGAUGAGUCUGUCUCCUUGGCAACCAUGAUUGAGAGAAUCAAGCAACACCUAAAACUGUCUCAUGUCCGCCUUGGUCUUGGGGCAGGGAGGACCUUAGAGUCCCAAAUCAAAGUCGUGGCCCUGUGUGCUGGUUCUGGGAGCAGUGUUCUGCAGGGUGUGGAAGCCGACCUUUACCUCACAGGUGAGAUGUCCCAUCAUGAAGUUCUGGAUGCUGCUUCCCAAGGAAUAAAUGUCAUCCUUUGUGAGCAUAGCAACACUGAAAGAGGCUUUCUUUCUGACCUUCGAGAUAUGCUGAAUGUUCACUUGGAGAAUAAAGUGAAUAUUAUCCUGUCAGAGACAGACAGGGACCCUCUUCGAGUGGUAUAA